GAUGUGUCCCGGAAACUCUCGCGGGUGCCUCGGCCCCAUUCGACCCGCUGCUGUUUCUCCUUCCACGCCAUCGUAUGUGUUUAGAAAUGCCUUGUUUUUCGUGGUCAAUACGCAGUAUGUUAAUAUGUAAUUUAGUCAUCGAUUAUGUAGAAAGUCUCUGGAAUUUAAGAGUACAGUACAAAAAAGAAAAAGAAAAUCAUUGUCCCUGGGUUUUGUUACGUUUGAGCUGCCAGCAACAGACCCGGCAGCUAUUGCGUCACUUCCGCUUUCUUGGCGGCUCUCGACGCAUAUUGGGGAGCAGCUCGGAGUCGGACGUGUUUAUCAGUGACUUGUUUUUGAUAGCGGUCCAUAUACAACAUACAGAAUACAACUGAAGGCCUGUUUCUCUUAUUUCUGUUGGAUUUUGUACAUUGUUGGCCUUUACGACGACACUAUUUAUUUAUUUAUGGAGUGGUAAACAAACCGUAACGGCAGCUGCAGCAGCUGGUCGAUCUCACUCCUCAACACACAAGCGGGAGUGACGUCACACCUCCUCGCCCACAAAAUCCACGAGAGAAGAAGAAGAAGAAGAAGAAGAAGGCGGCUCUACUGCGCCUGCGCGGAUGUAUCGGGAAGCAAGCACAUCUGCGGAGACCCCAAAUGACAGUAACCUGACUGUUCCGCCUUCGUCCAAGAUGAGGCGAAUCUGAAUUGCAAUAAAACAGUUGGCAUGGCGUGCCAGCGGCGCUGCCCUCGCCCGUGCUCGCGCUCGUUGGCAUACACGCUGGCCCUGGGCAGCAGUUUUGUCGCUCUGGGCACCAGUCGGAUCCUGCUGCUUAAAUUCUCCGCCAACGCAGACGACAAAUACGACUUCCUCCCAGCGUCCGUCAACAUGCUGGCGGAGGCGCUCAAGCUGCUCUUCUGCCUGGUGAUGUCUCUCAGGGUGUUUAUCCGAGAGCGCCGCUCCUGCCGAGAUCUGCGCUGCUCUUCCGCGUCGGCGCUCCUCGGCUCGUUGAAGUGGGCCGUCCCCGCGUUCCUCUACUUUCUGGACAACCUCAUCAUUUUCUACGUGAUGACCUACCUGCAGCCUGCCAUGGCCGUCCUGUUCUCGAACUUUGUCAUCCUCACUACGGCUGUUCUCUUCAGACUCGUCCUCAAGGUCUCCCUUAGAGAGAGGGUGAGAAGCUCGCUCAUCUGGGAGGGGCUCAGAGUAGAGCCGCUGCUCCUCCGCAUCGAGAGGAGCCAGAUGAGGUGGCCGGGGCAUCUGAUUCGGACGCCUCCCGGACGCCUCCUCGGUGAGGUGUUCCGGGCACGUUCCGCCGGGAGGAGACGCAGGACACGCCGGAGAGACUAUUUUCUCAGCUGGCCCGGGCACACCUCUAGAUUUCCCCUCGGAAGAGCUGGAGGAAGUGGCUGGGGAGAGGAUAAUCUGGGCUUCCCUGCUGAGGCUGCUGCCCCCGCGACCCGACCUCUUCUGAUAAGUGGAGGAAAACGGAUGGGUGGCUGGAGGUCGCACAUUCACCUUCAAGAGUGGACUGGGUUUGACUUGCACAACAUCUCAAGUGAUGACGUGCUAAGUGGGACGCUGAAUAUCAUCUGGGCCUACCAAAAGAGGCGCCUGUCCUGGGUGCAGUGGGCAGCGUUGGUCAUACUCUUCCUGUCCAUCGUCUCUCUGACCACGGGGUCCGGCGGCGGCCAGACGUCCGGCGGCUCUGUGCCGGGAGUCCGUCGGAGUCCGCUGUCCGCGCCGACCAACUCCUGCCUGCUGUACACGCAGCUGUUGGAGCAGAUGAGGAACAGCAGCGGCGACGACUCGUGGGCGUCGAGGCUGCCCGGACGGGCCUGGCGGGAUGCCCUAGCGGGAAAGCUCCGCUCGCUGGGCGCGGGCCACGUCCUGCUGCUGCUGCAGUGCUUCGUCUCGGCCGCGGCCAACAUUUACAACGAGAAGAUCCUGAAGGACGGCGAGCAGCUGACCGAGAGCAUCUACGUCCAGAACAGUAAACUGUACGCCUUCGGGGUGCUGUUCAACGGUCUGACGCUCGCGAUCGGACGAGAGUCCCGAGGCCUCGCCGUCCACUGCGGCGUCUUGUACGGGCACAACGUCUACUCUCUCGCCCUGGUGCUCGUCACCGCCAGCCUGGGUCUGUCGGUGGCCUUCAUCUUGAAAUUCCGGGACAACAUGUUCCACGUGCUGAGCGGCCAGAUCACCACCGUCCUGGUGGCCGCCUUCUCGCUCGGCCUCUUCCGCUUCCGCCCCUCGCUGGACUUCUUCCUGCAGGCCCCCGCCGUGCUGCUGGCCAUCUUCAUCUACAACGCCAGUCCGGCGCUCGACCCCGAGUACAGCCUGCAUCGGGAAAAGCUGCGGGUCAUCAACGGGGAGGUGCGAAAGAGGUCCAGAGGGGAUGGCGAAGACCUGGAGCUGCUGGCCAAGGCCACCACAGACAGCGACUCCGAAGAGUCGUCUUUGUAGCGCACAGAAGCCGAGCGGCAUUGAGGAGUCGCAUUGUCCCACGCUAACGCACACGAGCGCUGUCUGCAAAAGCUUUUCUUUUUUUUCUUUUGGCUUCUGGAGCGACGCCAUUGACGCCGUGUCUGAAACACACGAGCGGGGCGACGUGUUUUGUUUUUCCUGCGGUCAAACCUCAACACUCGCCGGCAGUUUGUGCGUGCUGGGAAAAAGUCCUGCUACUGUUUUUUUUUUCCCCAUUUGGGAAUGGUGGGUAUUUUUUCCCUCUUAAGCUGCAGGAGGAAGAUUUGAAUGAGUUUCAUUAGCAAAACGACGGAUCAAUAUGUGCGGAUAUACAGUAUUUAUGGAACUCAAAGAAUUGUUUGCGGCACCAUAAAUGGACUGUUUAAAAGCACAAUGAGUGUAUCAUGUACUUUUUGGGAGUGUUUCUAAACUGUGGCGCGUGUGCUCCGCAUCGAACUGGCAGUCGUCCGCAUUGGUCUUGGAAUGUGACGGCAGAAGGCGGAAUGCAAAUCCGUGGAAAAGGGGAUGAAACGGAAUGCUGUGAAUCUGGAGAGAUUUUUCCAAACUUCAAUAAAAUGCAAAUCGCAACUGA